UUUCCGCCCCGCCCACCCCCUGGGCCGCCCGCCUGCACAGUCACCUGGCCCUGGCCCUGGCCCUGACCCGACUGCCCUGAGCCCUCUGAGCCCGCCAGCAGGCCCAGUACUGGAGGUGAAACAUGACCAGUGUGCAAUCCAGUGAAGGCACCAUCUCUGUGCAGGGACAGAAGCUCUUCUAUCGGGAGGCCCGGCCUGGUAGUGGACAGACCCCACGGGGCCUCUCGGUGCUUCUACUCCAUGGCAUCCGAUUCUCCUCUGACACUUGGCUCAAGCUGGGCACCCUGGAUAAACUGGCCCAGGCUGGCUACCGGGCAGUGGGCAUUGAUCUGCCAGGUCUAGGACACUCUAAGGAGGCAGUUGCCCCCACACCCAUUGGGGAGCUGGCCCCCAGCAGCUUUCUGCAAGCUGUGUUGGAGGCUCUGGAGCUGGGCUCCACAGCCCUGGUCAGCCCAUCUCUGAGUGGAAUGUAUUCACUGCCUUUCCUCACAGCACCGGGCUCCCACCUCUGUGGCUAUGUGCCUAUUGCCCCAAUCUGCACAGAUAAAGUCAGCCCUGCUGACUAUGGCCGGGUGAAGACCCCCACCCUGAUCGUGUAUGGAGACCAGGAUCCCAUGGGGGAGUCAAGCCUCAAGCACCUGCAGCAACUGCCUAACCACCAGGUGAUGGUGAUGGUGGGCGCGGGACACCCCUGCUACUUGGACAGCCCAGACGAAUGGCACUCUGGGCUACUGAAUUUCCUGAAUGGGCUGUCAUAAGGGCCCAGGCUAGUCCAGGCUACCCUGGACCCACCCCCUUCUGAUUGGGGGGAGGGGAGGGGACUGACAGCCACAUCCCUGCCCCUUUGACCUGGCCUCUUACUUCUCUUUCUGGCCGGCCUGUCUGACACUCUCCCUGCCUGCAUGGCUGACCUGCCAGCUGUCUGUCCAUCUCUCCAUCUGCUUGUCUACUCCGAGGGAGCUGUCUGUCUAGUGCCUGGUCUCUCUGUCUGUCUUUCUCUCUUUCCUCAGAGCUAUAGGUGGAUGAGAAGAAUCAGGAAAAUUAACAAGGUGAAAACCAGGGAUCCAGUCCACAUGAAGGGUAAUUGAUUAGAAGCAUUUCUCUCAUGGUGCUUCCUCUGCUCCCCCUUCCAGCUCCAGCCUUUCCUGGCUCCUUUCUUGCAGGCUUCUGCACACCACCUCCCUUUUCCUCUGUCUGCCCCCACGUGCACAUAUAGGGUUACAGAUGUACACACACACAUAUGUACCUGUAGGCAUACAUCUAGGAACAUCUGCACGUAUAUGCGCAUGUAGCAGCCCAUCCAUGGACACAUUUGCCAGCUGAGAUCUCCAGAUGCAAAGGAGCUGCCUGGGAUUGGGGGGGGGGCCUGGCCCCCAGGGUUCUGGGGGUGUGCAGCUCUGGAGUUCAGAUGUCUUGGGCUGGGGGCUCAACUCACCGUUAGUGCUUCUUUCUGGCCUCUGCUGAGGGAAGGUGACUGUAAAUAGUUGUUGAAGGGUUCUCCUUCCUCUUUCUAUGCUGAUACCUGAGUCCCUGACACCCAUAAUGUCUGCCUCUUCCUGCCUUUGAAUCAUGGGGGGUUGGGAGAGGAACAAAAAAAUAAAGAGAUCAAACCCUUUAAUUGUU